AUGCAACAGAUUCUGCUACAAAUCCCACCUUCGGUUGGAACUUUGCGAAUCCUACCAUCAUCAACAACACUCAUUCGCUGCACAGGAAAACCUGAAUCGGUGCGCAAGAUGCAUCAAAGAAAAUUGCCCAAAACGCCGCGCUUCCCUUCGAGGCUUAAUCACAAGUCACUCACCUCCCGAAUCGUUCAACUCACUCGCCGCCGCCAACUCACUCAGAUUUUUGAAGAAAUUGAGAUUGCAAAGAGUCAUUAUGGAACUCUGGGCACGAUUGUGAUGAAUGCGGUGAUGCAGGCUUGCAUUCAUUGCGGUGACAUAGAUUCAGCUUUAGAAGUAUUUGGUGAAAUGUCAAAGCCAGAGGGCUGUGGGGUUGAUAAUAUUACAUAUGGCACACUUCUGAAGGGUUUGGGUAAUGCUCGGAGAAUUGAUGAAGCAUUUCAAAUGCUUGAAUCUGUAGAGAAAGGGACUGCUGUUGGAAGUCCACAGUUAUCUGUGCCAAUGAUUUGUGGUCUGUUGAAUGCUCUAAUUGAAGCAGGGGAUCUGCGCCGUGCCAAUGGUCUUCUAGCAAGAUACAGUUACGUGUUUCAUGAAGGUGGAAGUCCAUCAAUCUUGACGUACAACUUAUUGAUGAAGGGAUAUAUAAGUGCUGGUUGUCCUCAGGAAGCAUUAAGAACACAUGAUGAAAUACUGCAACAAGGAUUGAAUCCCGAUAGGCUCACGUACAAUACGUUAAUCUUUGCAUGUGUCAAGAUGGAAAAUUUGGACGCCGCAAUGCUAUUUUUUGAGCAAAUGAAGGAUAAAGCACAGAAAGUUGAUGAUGAAGAUAUUAUUCCUGAUCUUGUUACCUACACUACAUUGCUGCAGGGUUUUGGGCGUAUCAAUAAUCUCCCUUCAAUAAAGAAGAUCUUGAUAGAAAUGAAAACACGCCCUAACUUUUAUAUCGAUCGUGUUGCAUACACUGUGAUUGUUGAUGCAUUUCUAAAUUGUGGGUCAAUUGAAGGUGCUCUGUGUGUUUUUGGAGAGAUUAUAAAACAAGCUGCAGGAAACCGUGGCUUGAGGCCAAAGCCUCACCUCUAUCUGUCCUUGAUGCGUGCAUUUGCAGCUAGGGGUGACUACGAAAUGGUUAAAAGGCUACGUGAACGUAUGUGGUUAGACACAGUGGGAACAAUUUCCUCCACAAUGCAAGUGGAGUCUGAUCACCUUUUGAUGGAAGCAGCUCUAAAUGAAGGCCAGGUUGACUUGGCUUUACAGAAUCUCAAGAAAAUUGUUGGCAAAUGGAAGGACAUAUCAUGGACUAGUCGAGGAGGCAUGGUUGCAGUACGCCUUGAGGCAUUGCUAGGUUUGAACUCAUCAUUAUUGAGCCCUCGCCUACUUUUUCAGGUAUCUGCUAGUGAUGCAAUUGAGCACAUCAUGACACCAUUUGAUGAAGCUCGGCCACUGCAAGCUACCUUGCGACUGAAGCAAGUGGUAAUGCGUUUCUUUAAUGAUCCAGUUGUGCCUAUUAUAGAUGACUGGGGUGGCUGUGUGGGGAUACUGCAUCGAGAAGACUGUGAUAAGCUAGACGCCCCGCUUUCAAUGCUUAUGAGAAGUCCACCGCCUUGUGUUACGGCUUCAACAUCCGUCGGUUGCGUCAUUGACUUUAUGUUAGAAAAGAAGUACAAAAUGGUAAUUGUUGUUAAAUAUGGCGAUUUUCCCAGUAUAUCUUAUGGCUCAAGUGUAAGGGCUGCUGGAAUAUUUACGUAUGAUGGAUUAUGUAAGCUUGCCAACAAAUACAUUGAAGAUAACAGACCAGCAGUUUCCAGAUUCUCCUCUUACUGUUAUGCAAGUUCAUCAAAUCAAUCAUGGUUCUGA